AUGCUGGCGCUGCUGGCCGCCGGGCUGGCGCUCGCCGUGGCCGCGGCGGCGGCGCAGGACGGCCCGGCGCCCGGCAGCCGCUUCGUGUGCACCGCGCUGCCCCCGGAGGCCGCGCGCGCCGGCUGCCCGCUGCCCGCGGCGCCCGAGGAGGAGCUGCGCGCGGCGGUGCUGCAGCUGCGGGAGACCGUCGUGCGGCAGAAGGAGACGCUGGGCGCGCAGCGCGAGGCCAUCCGCGAGCUCACGGCCAAGCUGGCGCGCUGCGAGGGGCUGGCGGGCGGCAAGGACACCAUGGGCGACCUGCCCCGGGACCCCGGGCACCUGGUGGAGCAGCUCGGCCGCUCGCUGCAGGCCCUCAAGGACCGCCUGGAGAGCCUCGAGCACCAGCUCCGAGGGAACGUGUCUAGCGCCGCGCUGCCGCCCGGCGACUUCCAGCGGCGGCUGGGGGAGCUGGAGAGGCAGCUGCUGCGCAAGGUCGCGGAGCUGGAGGACGAGAAGUCCCUGCUGCACAACGAGACCUCGGCGCACCGGCAGAAGACCGAGAGCACCCUGAACGCGCUGCUGCAGAGGGUGAGCGAGCUGGAGCGAGGCAACAGUGCGUUCAAGUCGCCCGAUGCUUUCAAAGUAUCCCUCCCUCUCCGCACAAACUACCUGUAUGGCAAGGUCAAGAAGACGCUGCCCGAGCUGUACGCCUUCACCAUCUGCCUGUGGCUGCGGUCCAGCGCCUCGCCGGGCAUUGGCACCCCCUUCUCCUACGCGGUGCCCGGCCAGGCCAACGAGAUCGUGCUGAUCGAGUGGGGCAACAACCCCAUCGAGCUGCUCAUCAACGACAAGGUGGCACAGCUGCCCCUGUUCGUCAGCGACGGCAAGUGGCACCACAUCUGCGUCACCUGGACCACGCGGGACGGCCUGUGGGAGGCCUUCCAGGACGGGGAGAAGCUAGGCACCGGGGAGAACCUGGCCCCCUGGCACCCCAUCAAGCCGGGGGGCGUGCUGAUCCUCGGGCAGGAGCAGGACGCCGUCGGGGGCCGGUUUGACGCCACCCAGGCGUUUGUGGGGGAGCUCAGCCAGUUCAACAUCUGGGACCGCGUGCUGCGCGCCCAGGAGAUCGCCAACAUCGCCAACUGCUCCACCAACCUGCCGGGCAACGUCAUCCCCUGGGUGGACGGCAACGUGGACGUGUUCGGGGGCGCCUCCAAGUGGCCGGCCGAGACCUGCGAGGAGCGGCUGCUGGACUUGUAG